AAAAGUAAGGUUCGAGCCCACACUUGGUUCGGUGGCAUUCAAUACUUCAUCAACCAACUUAGUUCUAACACCGUCAUCGGACCGAGUGGACAGUACCCGCUAAAUUUAGUUCAGUGACAUAAUUUUUCAAUUUCCAUACCAUAAUCGUCUUAACCAAAUAAGGAGAAGGGAAUCAGACAUGUCGAAAUUGACAGUGACCAAUUUCUCCAACCGCGCCGGCAGCCCGUUCAAAGCGCAGAACCAGCAAGAAGUAAAAGUAGUCCACGAAGAGAAGUUAGAGAAGACACAUUACGAAAAGCAGAAGGAGAAGCAAAGUGAGCUGAUGCAGAAGGUGAACAAGAAGACAGCGGAGUACCAGGCGAAUAAACCAAGUUCGGGAGUGUUUACCGAAGUCGUGAGUCAUGGUGCGUUUACAGUGAAGAAUAAUGCAAAUAAGAAUAAACCGACUGAAUCUAAAAGUCCAACGCCACCUAGAGGUAGCAACGGCGCGAAUGGAUCGAAAUCUUUGCUCGGUUUUCCAUCAUCAGCAAACGAUUUGGCUCUCGACGCAAAAUCUGACUUAGAAUCGGACCCGAACAUUUCCAAAGAAGUUAAGGAAAAGGUAAUAGAAAAGCUUUUCACUCUAGUGUCUAUGGUGCAACAUGUUUAUGAGUCCAAAGUUCGGAUAAUGACUGAAUUUGAAAAGUUUAAAGAUACACAUUUGAGGAACGAAUCACGAAGGGAAAGGGAGCAUUCUGAACAACUGUACAAGUUGAAUAUGAAUUUCCAAAAUGAAGUGGUGCAAGCGAUACAGAGGUUGAAAAGCGAACUUGACAUUACAAGGAAUGUUUCUGAAGAAAAUGAUUUAACUGCUAAAGAUAGUGCAGACAGUUCAGUGGAUUUUAAUACUUCAAAUGAUACGCAAGACGAUGUUGUCGAAGAUGACGUAAGCGCAGGUACACAAGAGGAUAAACGUAGUGAUGUCAGCAAUUGACUAUGUUAUUAUAAUAAUAUGGUGUUAUGUUAAUUUUUUAUUAAGCUAUAUCGCUACGAAGAUGAUUUGUGGGAACAUAAUUGUAUUAUGAAAUAAUUGUGAUUGUCAAUGUUUAUAAUGUUAAUGAUUGUCGGAAAUCAUUCAUUCACUUACUGCUUACAUUUUAGUAUCCAUGAUCAUUAUUAGGUUUUUAGUCUGAGUGUUUGCAGCUGUAUGUUUACACAAGUGUAAAACAGUGUUUUAAUGAUUGUGAUUUAGGUUUUCUUAGGGGCCUUCCGGCCAAGUAGUUAAUGCCAUCUGCGGCAAAUCUACAAUAAGUCACGUCAAAAAAAAAAAAACUCAGGGGCCUUUGGCGGCUCAAUAGUAACCCUGACAACAGGGUCGAUGGGGUUGGUAAUCCACCUCACAACCUAAAAAGAAGAAUGAUUUAGGUUUUUUGACUCUUCCAUCUUAAGAUAUUUUUCUUAUUAUUUUGAGUCGCUAAGACAUACCUACAUAAAUUCAUUCUUAUUUCGCACCUUAUUUACUUUUUUAUUUAUAUUUAUUUUGAUUAUUAUGGUUUCCAAGAUUAGUCCAAUUAAAUACGACUUAAACAUAACGGGCAUUGAGUGCGUGGGCAUUGUGUGUAGUGAAUACCAUACAAGUCGGCCUACCCCUUCGGGUAUGUAGGCGUGAUGCUUUGUUAUGUUAUUUUUAGUAGUUAUUAGUGGGAACUUAUUUAAAUUAAUGUAAAUGAUUUGUGCUUGAAAUGAAGUGUAAUAAAUACUUAAGUAUUAAACAAUAUAAUACUAAAGUUUCAAUCUUAAAAGUAGAGUUCACCAUCUCUUGGUCUACCCCGGUAGGAGUAUAGCUUGAAGAUAAUAAAUAAUAGACCUUGCUCUAUUGACCAAUAUCAGUCACAAGGUUUUAGAAUUUGUUAAACGAACUUAACAAGGCACAAGUUACUAUAAUGUGGGUGCAAGUGGGUGU